AUGUAUACAACUUUCCCUGGCAUCUAUUCGAAGCAAGUCAACUUCAAUCAAUCGUCAUUUAUAUCAAGUGAAACAUGCCGAUGUGAUAUCACAAGUGAUUGUGUCUAUCCUGCUGGUGUCUAUAAUCAAUCAAAUAUCAUCAUUCCAAAUGAAGUCUUUUCACUUGAUGCAUCGCUUCUAUUCACUGUACCAGGAUUUCAAGUGGGAUGUGUACCACAAAAUGCUUUGCUUCAAUCGACAUUGGAAUGUUUUUAUAAUCAAUCAUGUUUAAAUAAGGUCAUUUCGUUAACAGGUGCUAUUCACACAGUCUCGAUAAGGCAUAGAUCGAACUCUUCUGCACAAUUUCAUCCAACAACUACUAUCGGUAUUAUUUUUGAUAAUAUGAUGCUUGAAUCCUGGCAAAACGCGACUAAUUUCGAUGGCUAUUUCCAAGCAUGUGCACCUAAAUCACAAGAGAUCACGAUCCGAAAUCCAAGUGUCAAUCAAUUCGAAAAGCUUUAUGGAUUAUAUUCAUCGAUUCUAUCAUGUCCAUGUAGUCGUUCAUUGAUACCACGCUCAGCAUUCAUGAACAAUCAACUUCGCUUUCAUCCGUUUUGUACGAGUGCUUUUGUUCAGGAUGAUAGUUGGCUUCAAUAUUGGACGAUGAUAUUUCUCAAUGGUACCAUCGAUUACAGUGCAUCAUUUGAUUGGGCCGAUUUUCGCAAGAACGGACAAAGAUUUAUUAAUUAUGCCAGAAUAUAUUGUGAAUUUGCUAUGACAACAGUCACUGACAUGUUGAAUAUAUUCCACACGGAUCAGUUUUUCUCAUAUCAACUCAUAACCCGAGAAGAAUUCAAUGAACAAUUAUAUAUUUGGAAUACUAGUUUAUAUUUUCAGGUAGAAUAUGGUAUAUGGGACGACUUAAAACAAAAUAUUCUUUUUCCAUCAUCAACACAUUCGAAUUAG